AUGAAAAGGGUAAUAACAGAAAAUCGUGCUCUCCCGAAGUCUGAUGUCCUCAAUGUUCUGGUGAUGGUAAUCAUUGAAGGACCUGCCAAUGAGGCAAUGGACUUCGGAAGAAUGGUGAAUGCCUGGCAACAGGAGAAGCCUCGGAGAACAGUUCUUCCAAUGACGAUCGACAGCUGUACGAAGAGCAAGUUGGAGAUCACUCUAAACAACGCUUCCUCUUCCGGCAUCGUGUACAUUCAAGGUCAGAGCUCCGUCUGCCGCUACCUCACCUCCAGCGUCGUGUCCGUCCACUCGUUUGACUUCGCCUCAUGUAAUUUGGAAUGGGAGGAGUCGUUCAAGGUGAUAGUGCAGAAGAAUGCCCUCUACCAGACAGGGGCAGACAAGCAGAUCCCGGUUAUGUGUGUGGCCGAUCUCGGGGACCUUACUGUCUCGAACAGUAUCAUAGCCACGGACAAGGAUAACGACGCCGGUCAGAAUUUGACGGUCAAGCCCUCCGCGUUCAUGACACUGUACAGGAAUGGCGUCGACAUCAGUGGACAGACAGUAAAACUGACGGACACCAUCACCAUGGUUCUGCAGCUGGAGUCGGAGUACAUCGAGGACUUCGACAUCAAGGCCAAGUACUGCACCGCCGAUAAUAUUGACAUAAUCGUCGACGCAUGCGCCGUUGAUACCGACCUGUUUCCACACAUCUCCCGCAUCCAGCAAGGCGUGCUCCAGGCCUCUUUCGGCGCAUUCCGUACCACCAACCUGAACGGCGGAUCCGUCAGCAUGCCUUUCUCUUGCGUGCUGCAAGUCUGCCUGGGAGCGUGUGCCCCGACGACGUGCACUGACGGUGAGACGAGCUACGGCCGGAAGAAGAGGAACGUUGCUAAGCGACAGACACCGGAAGACAGCGGAAUAGACAACAUCAGCGUCGGGUCCGCUCUCUCAAUCACCACAGAGGAGGUCAUCGUCGAAGCCUCACCGGAAGACGGCAACAUGUGCAUGGCUCAGGCAACCUUCGUCGUCAUCGUUUCCACUAUGGUCGCUGGUGUCGUCGCCUCCGCCGUCUCCGCCGUCGUCAUGUGGCGGAAGUUGCAGGGAAAGUCCAGCAUUCUGCGCAAGCUCAGCAGUGGAACGCAAAUGACCGGCGUGUCGAAGUCAUGA